UGAAAGUAAAAAUUGAUAUAGUUAAUUGACAUCAGCCUGGAAAUUUUACUAUAUACACAAUCUACGUGCUUUUCUUUCAUCAAGAAGACUCAACAUCUUAAGGAAUGGAGAGUGAAGAGAAAACCACUGAGGAAUAAGAGGUUGGCUGAAGGAGGACACUAUUGAAGCCACCUGCUCAGGACAAUGAAAUUCUUCAGUUACAUUCUGGUUUAUCGCCGAUUUCUCUUCGUGGUUUUCACUGUGUUGGUUUUACUGCCUCUGCCCAUCGUCCUCCGCACCAAGGAAGCAGAAUGUGCCUACACACUCUUUGUGGUCGCCACAUUUUGGCUCACAGAAGCAUUGCCUCUGUCGGUAACAGCUUUGCUACCUAGUUUAAUGUUACCCAUGUUUGGGAUCAUGCCUUCUAAGAAGGUGGCAUCUGCUUAUUUCAAGGAUUUUCACUUACUGCUAAUUGGAGUUAUCUGUUUAGCAACAUCCAUAGAAAAAUGGAAUUUGCACAAGAGAAUUGCUCUGAAAAUGGUGAUGAUGGUUGGUGUAAAUCCUGCAUGGCUGACGCUGGGGUUCAUGAGCAGCACUGCCUUUUUGUCUAUGUGGCUCAGCAACACCUCGACGGCUGCCAUGGUGAUGCCCAUUGCGGAGGCUGUAGUGCAGCAGAUCAUCAAUGCAGAAGCAGAGGUCGAGGCCACUCAGAUGACUUACUUCAACGGAUCAACCAACCACGGACUAGAAAUUGAUGAAAGUGUUAAUGGACAUGAAAUAAAUGAGAGGAAAGAGAAAACAAAACCAGUUCCAGGAUACAAUAAUGAUACAGGGAAAAUUUCAAGCAAGGUGGAGUUGGAAAAGAACUCAGGCAUGGGAACCAAAUAUCGAACAAAGAAGGGCCACGUGACAUGUAAACUUAUGUGUUUGUGCAUUGCCUACUCUUCUACCAUUGGUGGACUGACAACAAUCACUGGUACCUCCACCAACUUGAUCUUUGCAGAGUAUUUCAAUACACGCUAUCCUGACUGUGGUUGCCUCAACUUUGGAUCAUGGUUUACGGUUUCCUUCCCAGCUGCCCUUAUCAUUCUACUCUUAUCCUGGAUCUGGCUUCAGUGGCUUUUCCUAGGAUUCAAUUUUAAGGAGAUGUUCAAAUGUGGCAAAACCAAAACAGUCCAACAAAAAGCUUGUGCUGAGGUGAUUAAGCAAGAAUACCAAAAGCUUGGGCCAAUAAGGUAUCAAGAAAUUGUGACCUUGGUCCUCUUCAUUAUAAUGGCUCUGCUAUGGUUUAGUCGAGAUCCCGGAUUUGUUCCUGGUUGGUCUGCACUUUUUUCAGAGUACCCUGGUUUUGCUACAGAUUCAACUGUUGCUUUACUUAUAGGGCUGCUAUUCUUUCUUAUCCCAGCUAAGAGACUGACUAAAACUACACCUACAGGAGAAAUUGUUGCUUUUGAUUACUCUCCACUGAUUACUUGGAAAGAAUUCCAGUCAUUCAUGCCCUGGGAUAUAGCCAUUCUUGUUGGUGGAGGGUUUGCCCUGGCAGAUGGUUGUGAGGAGUCUGGAUUAUCUAAGUGGAUAGGAAAUAAAUUAUCUCCUCUGGGUUCAUUACCAGCUUGGCUAAUAAUUCUGAUAUCUUCUUUGAUGGUGACAUCUUUAACUGAGGUAGCCAGCAAUCCAGCUACCAUUACACUCUUUCUCCCAAUAUUAUCUCCAUUGGCCGAAGCCAUUCAUGUGAACCCUCUUUAUAUUCUGAUACCUUCUACUCUGUGUACUUCAUUUGCAUUCCUCCUACCAGUAGCAAAUCCACCCAAUGCUAUUGUCUUUUCAUAUGGUCAUCUGAAAGUCAUUGACAUGGUUAAAGCUGGACUUGGUGUCAACAUUGUUGGUGUUGCUGUGGUUAUGCUUGGCAUAUGUACCUGGAUUGUAUCCAUGUUUGACCUCUACACUUACCCUUCGUGGGCUCCUGCUAUGAGUAAUGAGACCAUGCCAUAAUAAGCACAAAAUUUCUGACUAUCUUGUGGUAAUUUCUGGAGGGCAUUAAUGAUUGACUGUAAAAUGUGGCUCUAAAUAACUAAUGACACACAUUUAAAUCAGUUAUGGUGUAGCUGCUGCAAUUCCCGUGAAUACCCGAAACCUGCUGUUAUAACUCAGAGUCCAUAUUUGUUAUUGCGGUGCAACUAAAGAGCAUCUAUGUGCCUUCAUCAAGAAGCCCAUGUUUGAGAUUUUGCUCAUGAACCAUCUGCAACUUGCUUCAUCAUAAGAAUAAUUUAUAACUUGACCUUCAAAGAGAUUAGAGCAUUUGUUUCAUCUUACAGUUGGAGUUCAAUGUAACAUUUUAAAUGCAAUUUAUUAUUUCAGAAAUUUCCCAUGAAACUAAAAAUAGAAAAUAAGAUAUACAAGUUAAUUCGGUACUUGGAUAAAUCAUUUCUGCAUUGUUGUUCCAGAGAAUUUGCUGAGAAAUCAAAGCCAUGGUCAUCUGGUGAUGAAGAGAAAAGUUUAAUCUAAAUGAUAUGUGCAUUUCCUCAUUUAAAAAAUCCAAUUGGAUUAUUCUUAAUAUAUACAUGUAAUAUGAAAAUUGAGAUUGAAGCACUAAUUCCAAAAUUAUGGCUGAAUAUACUAAAUAACAGAAAACUUACAGAUAAGAAUUUAUUUCUACUGAACUCUAUAGUUAGAGUAAUAUAAUUCAUAUUUUUAUGAUAUUGGCACACUGAGAAAUUCAUUUUGUAGAGCUAUGGAUAAGGCUUGCUAUGAUUUGCACUAUUAGUACAGUAUAGUUAGAAAGGAAAGCUGAACACUAUAAAACUAUUAACAUAUUUUCGUAUAUGAGUAACAACUUUGCUUAAGUGUUUAUCUUAGUUCAGAAAUACAUAAUGUCAUAUGUUAAAAAUAAAGAGAUGUAGAAAUCUAAAUGAAUUAUCACUGUGUAUACAGACAGAAAAAUCACAUAACUCUGGUAUGUUAACAUUGCAAUGAAAAAAUGAAAAAAAGAAGGAAAAAAGAAUAAGAAUGAAAACUGCUGACGUAUUACAAAACAGAAAAA